AUGGGUGCCUUCCUCGAUAAACCGAAAACAGAGAAAGUAGUUGAUAUGGGCCAAGGAAAUGGACUUCGAUAUGCUAUUUCAAGUAUGCAGGGGUGGCGAGUAGAAAUGGAAGAUGCCCAUGUAGCAAAAUCAGAACUUCCUGUUCCUUUUCAAUACUGGUCAUACUUUGGUGUAUUUGAUGGUCACGCAGGAUCUCGUGUUUCUGAGCUUUGUGCUGCCAGGUUACUAGAUGCUAUUCUCAAUACAGAGGAAUUUCAAAAACUGGAUCCUUCUUGUAGUGAACUUGAUACCACCUUAGUGAAACGGGGCAUCGUUAAUGGUUUCUUAACUUUUGAUCGGGACUUGGCAUCUGAAGACUCAAAUGAAAAAUCUGGCUCUACUGCAGUAGUCGCUUUUGUCACUCCUACACACAUAAUCAUGGCAAAUUGUGGUGAUUCAAGAGCAAUACUGGUUCGAGACAAUAAACCUCUCCUAGCAACCCAAGAUCAUAAACCAUAUAAUCCUAUCGAACGUCGACGAAUUUCUGAGGCUGGUGGUCAAGUUAUGUUAUCUCGUGUCAAUGGUUCUUUAGCCGUUUCAAGAUCUCUGGGGGAUUUUGAAUAUAAACAAGUUUUUAGUCGUGGAGCUACGGAACAACUCGUUUCUCCUGAACCAGAUGUAUUUAUUAUUGAACGCCAAAAGGAAUUCGACCAGGUUCUUCUCCUUGCAUGUGAUGGAGUUUGGGAUGUAUUCGAGAAUGACACUCUUACCACUUACGUCCUUCAUCGGUUGUGUUGUUUACCCUCUUUAGUGGAUGUGUGUUCGGAAAUCCUCGAUACUAGCCUUCACAAGGGUAGUCGGGAUAAUAUGAGUGUUCUUCUGGUUGCGUUGGACGCUGCCCCAACUGUGGAUCCUGAAGCAAUCCGUAAAGAAAUGGAGCUAGAUAGUUCCAUAGAAAAUCUUAUUGUUGAUAUCAUGAAUUCAGCUGGUGAAGAUGCUGACACUUUGAGUGUGAACUAUGUCGCCAAUACAGUUAAAAGUAUGAACCUUCCCAAUUAUCCUCCGGGUGGCUUCAACACCAAACGUGCUUAUGUAGAAAACUUUUUCAACGCACGUUUCCGGCAGAAUAAGUAGCAAGUAAGUAGUAAGACGCUAUGUUGGAACAUUAUGCUUUAAUAUUUUGCAUUUACCAUCGGAUAUUAGCCAUACGUUUUAUGAAAACAAAAAUGGAAAAUCUUAGUUUUGUGUAAAAUAUAAUGUGGUUUGGUACGAUUUAUUACCUGCCUGUUGUACCUUUCAAAUCCAGUUGCUAUCCCCUUGACUUUUACAACUUGCUGUAUUCCUUUAGUAGGGAUGAUGUAGUUUGCAUCGUGUUUUCAGACUUCUUUAUUUGAAUAAGUACUUUACAAUAUUAUAAAGAAAGAAAUUGUCCGUAAAUUGCUGGAGAGAUAAUGUGAGGUUCGCUGGAGUUUCUUCCUUAAUGCAAGACUUUCCUAGCUACUUCGUAGUGUGUCACUUUUGUCACCAUUAUGUGAAUAGUAUUCCAACAUGCUGUUGAAUCAGUUAAAGGUUCACAAUAAUUUAUGAGAUCGUUGUUAUAAAAUUUCGUUUUGAUGAGUAUCUGUUUCACUGUAGUACAAAACUGGCUAUGUUCCCAAUCAUAACACAAGUCAUUUAUUUUCCUAUUAACCUUUUACUUCAUUCAAUGCUUGUCACUCCUCUCUGAGUGGUAUGCAUUCUGAAAACUUUGAUUAAGGUUUCUUUCUCCAACUAGAUAUCUC